CAAAAGAGAUGCUAGCUGGGUGAAUUUCCGGCACGCAUCACUUUCUAGUCUGCAUCUGUCUCAAUUUUUUAAGUGUUCUUAAAAAAAAAGUUAUUAUUUGGCAAGUGACAUAAACAUUGUAAAACAUGAGACGCACAAGAAGCUCCAGGAACACAUCUCAAUGUGUAGCAUCAGAAAAUGGAGUGGCUCCGUCCAAGACAGGUUAGUACUUGCUAGCAAGCUAACGUUAGCUUUGUUGUUGCUGGCUCGAGGUAGCUGGCUAGCUAGCUACACUUAGGUUGCAUGUAACUUUGCUUAUCUAACGUUAGUUAGCUACUAACAAACAACUCACAGGCAGCUGAUAACUGUUGAAAAGUUAGCUUGACUCAAAGUCUGUUGUGACACCAUUGAUUGGCUAUAAAGCUUCAUACCUCUCUGUUUGACUGAAACAUAGCUAUGCAAAAACGUGUAUGUCUAGUCCACAGCGGCUGUUGCGUUGUUGUAUUAACCUCUCUGUGACUGUUCUCUCCUCAGUGUGGCAGUGGAAGGGGGAUGAGGGUCAGUGGGAGCCAUACCCACCAUCAGCAUGUGCCCAGCUAGACUCAGCCCUCAGCUCUGGAGACACAAUGGUCUCCCUGACUUUUGGCUCUGGGGCAGUGUAUGACGUAGACUUGAAGAAGAUGGUCCAGGUCAACACAGUAACCAAGUACAAGAGGAAAAUACGCUCUCACACACUGAAAGCAGGUCAGUUGGUAAUGUGUAUAUAAUGUGUGUCUAUGUAUGUGUGUUACCUACAACAAACCAACACAUGCUAUCCCCCUGUAGAGAGUUUAAAUGGAGGAGAUGCAGUGGAUUUAACCCAACAAGAUGCAAGUCCAGUCCAGAUUAAAGAGGAGGAAAUGGAGGAGCAGCCAAAUGCCAAGAAGAAGCGGGGUGAGGGAAGGAGCCAGAAGAAAAGUAAAGCGAUGCCCGUGGAUGAAGCGGAGAGCAAAGGUUCCGGCAUUUCCUUCCAUUUUUAUAAUUUAAAGUGUUGUCUAAAGUGCAUUCUAUGCUAGAAAUACCCAUGAUUUUAUGACAUGGUAUCUAUUUUUGUUAAUGUGUGAUACAGUAAUGUAAGGGGCUGUGUCGAUUGGCUCUUUGUAAUGUGUUCAUGUGCUCUUCAUAAUUGUUGUUCAUGUCAGACGUCUUAUUGAUGUGUUGUGUAUUAACGGUGCUGUUUAUGUUGUGCAGAGAUUGUGAAGACUGUGGUCAUGAAAGGAAAGGCUCCAGUUGAUUCAGAAUGCAAAGCCAAAGUCGGCAAGGUACAGUACACUGUAUGUUUUCUUUAGACUGGCAACUGAAACAUUCACAUAUGAUGCUCACACCUCUCUGUGGUUUUGUCACCUAGACAUCUGUGAGCUUUUUUAAGACAAACUUAGGUCACAGUUCUCAAUGUGGGGUUUCUGUUUGAAAGUGUUUUAGUCACAUGCCUCUGACACAAUCUACCAUGUACAGUGAGGGGAAAAAAAGUAUUUGAUCCCCUGCUGAUUUUGUACGUUUGCCCACUGACAAAGAAAUUAUCAGUCUAUACUUUUAAUUUUACAUUUACAUUUUAUUCAUUUAGCAGACGCUCUUAUCCAGAGCGACUUACAGGAGCAAUUAGGGUUAAGUGCCUUGCUCAAGGGCACAUUUACGUCAUUUAGCAGACGCUCUUAUCCAGAGCGACUCACCAAUUGGUGCGUUCACCCUAUAGCCAGUGGGAUAACCACUUUACAAUUUGGGGGGGGGGGGGUAGAAGGAUUACUUUAUCCUAUCCCAGGUAUUCCUUAAAGAGGUGGGGUUUCAAAUGCCUCCGGAAGGUGGUGAGUGACUCCGCUGUCCUGGCGUCGUGAGGGAGCUUGUUCCACCAUUGGGGUGCCAGAGCAGCGAACAGUUUUGACUGGGCUGAGCGGGAACUAUGCUUCCGCAGAGGAAGGGGAGCCAGCAGGCCAGAGGUGGAUGAACGCAAUACCCUCGUUUGGGUGUAGGGACUGAUCAGAGCCCGAAGGUACAGAGGUGCCGUUCCCCUCACUGCUCCAUAGGCAAGCACCAUGGUCUUGUAGCGGAUGCGAGCUUCAACUGGAAGCCAGUGGAGUGUGCGGAGGAGGGGGGUGACGUGAGAGAACUUGGGAAGGUUGAACACCAGACGGGCUGCGGCAUUCUGGAUGAGUUGUAGGGGUUUAAUGGCACAGGCAGGGAGGCCAGCCAACAGCGAGUUGCAGUAGUCCAGACGGGAGAUGACAAGUGCCUGGAUUAGGACCUGUGCCGCUUCCUGUGUAAGGCAGGGUCGUACUCUCCGAAUGUUGUAGAGCAUGAACCUGCAGGAGCGGGUCACCGCCUUGAUGUUGGCGGAGAACGACAGGGUGUUGUCCAGGGUCACGCCUAGGCUCUUCGCACUCUGGGAGGAGGACACAGCGGAGUUGUCAACCGUGAUGGCGAGAUCAUGGAACGGGCAGUCCUUCCCCGGGAGGAAGAGCAGCUCCGUCUUGCCAGGGUUCAGCUUGAGGUGGUGAUCCGUCAUCCAUACUGAUAUGUCUGCCAGACAUGCAGAGAUGCGAUUCGCCACCUGGUUAUCAGAAGGGGGAAAGGAGAAGAUUAGUUGUGUAUCGUCAGCGUAGCAAUGAUAGGAGAGGCCAUGUGAGGAUAUGACAGAGCCAAGUGACUUGGUGUAUAGGGAGAAAAGGAGAGGGCCUAGGACUGAGCCCUGGGGGACACCAGUGGUGAGAGCACGUGGUGCGGAGACAGCUUCUCGCCACGCCACUUGGUAGGAGCGACCGGUCAGGUAGGACGCAAUCCAGGAGUGAGCCGCGCCGGAGAUGCCCAGCUCGGAGAGGGUGGAGAGGAGGAUCUGAUGGUUCACAGUAUCAAAGGCAGCAGACAGGUCUAGAAGGACAAGAGCAGAGGAGAGAGAGUUAGCUUUAGCAGUGCGGAGAGCCUCCGUGACACAGAGAAGAGCAGUCUCAGUUGAAUGACCAGUCCUGAAACCUGACUGGUUUGGAUCAAGAAGGUCAUUCUGAGCGAGAUAGCAAGAGAGUUGGCUAAAGACAGCACGCUCAAUAGUUUUGGAAAGAAAAGAAAGAAGGGAUACUGGUCUGUAGUUGUUGACAUCAGUGGGAUCGAGUGUUGGUUUCUUGAGAAGGGGAGCAACUCUCGCUCUCUUGAAGACGGAAGGGACAUGGCCAGCGGUCAAGGAUGAGUUGAUCAGCGAGGUGAGGUAGGGGAGAAGGUCACCGGAGAUGGUCUGGAGAAGAGAGGAGGGGAUGGGGUCAAGCGGGCAGGUUGUUGGGCGGCCUGCAGUCACAAGUCGCAGGAUUUUAUCUGGAGAGAGAGGGGAGAAAGAAGUCAAAGCAUAGGGUAGGGCAGUGUGAGUAGGACCAGCAGUGUCAUUAGACUUAACAAACGAGGAUCGAAUGUCGUCAACCUUCUUUUCAAAGUGGUUGACGAAAUCAUCCACAGAGAGAGAGGAGGGGGGGGGCGGGGGGGGGGGAGGAUUCAGGAGGGAGGAAAAUGUGGCAAAGAGCUUCCUAGGGUUAGAGGCAGAUGCUUGGAAUUUAGAGUGGUAGAAAGUGGCCUUAGCAGCAGAAACAGAUGAAGAAAAUGUAGAGAGGAGGGAGUGAAAAGAUGCCAGGUCGGCAGGGAGUUUAGUUUUCUUCCAUUUCCGCUCCGCUGCCCGGAGCUCUGUUCUGUGAGCUCGCAAUGAGUCAUCAAGCCACGGAGCUGGAGGGGAGGACCGAGCCGGCCGGGAGGAUAGGGGACACAGAGAGUCAAAGGAUGCAGAAAGGGAGGAGAGGAGGGUUGAGGAGGCAGAAUCAGGAGAUUGGAGGGAGAAGGAUUGAGCAGAGGGAAGAGAUGAUAGGAUGGAAGAGGAGAGAGUAGUGGGAGAGAGAGAGCGAAGGUUGCGGCGGCGCAUUACCAUCUGUGUAGGGGCAGAGUGAGUAGUGUGGGAGGAGAGCGAGAGAGAAAAGGAAACAAAGUAGUGGUCGGAGACAUGGAGGGGAGUUGCAGUGAGAUUAGUAGAAGAGCAGCAUCUAGUAAAGAUGAGGUCAAGCGUAUUGCCUGCCUUGUGAGUAGGGGGGGACGGUGAGAGGGUGAGGUCAAAAGAGGAGAGAAGUGGAAAGAAGGAGGCAGAGAGAAAUGAGUCAAAUGUGGACAUAGGGAGGUUGAAAUCCCCCAAAACUGUGAGGGGUGAGCCAUCCUCAGGAAAGGAACUUAUCAAGGCGUCAAGCUCAUUGAUGAACUCUCCAAGGGAACCUGGAGGGCGAUAGAUGACAAGGAUAUUAAGCUUAAAUGGGCUAGUGACUGUGACAGCAUGGAAUUCAAAUGAGGAGAUAGACAGAUGGGUUAGGGGAAAAAUUGAGAAUGUCCACUUGGGAGAGAUGAGGAUUCCUGUGCCACCACCCCUCUGACCAGAUGCUCUCGGGGUAUGCGAGAACACAUGGUCAGAUGAGGAGAGAGCAGUAGGAGUAGCAGUGUUUUCAGUGGUAAUCCAUGUUUCCGUCAGCGCCAGGAAGUCGAGGGACUGGAGAUUAGCAUAGGCUGGGAUGAAGUCAGCUUUGUUGGCAGCAGAACGGCAGUUCCAGAGGCUGCCUGAGACCUGGAACUCCAGGUGUGGGGUGCGUGCAGGGACCACCAGGUUAGAGAGGCAGCAGCCACGCGGUGUGGGGCGUUUGUGUAGCCUGUGCGGAGAGGAGAGAACAGGGAUAGGCAGAGGCAUAGUUGACAGGCUGCAACAGAUGGCUACAAUAAUGCAGAGGAGAUCGGGAUGAAAUGAACUGAACAUCAGGGAAAGGAGAGAGCAGGCCUCCCUCACCAAAAAAAUAAAUAAAUAUAUAACUCUCCCAACUUCCACCUCAGAAACUAUAAUUGUUUCACUGAACCACCCGAAUAAAACUCUCCCAACUUCCACUUUAGAAAUUAGAAUUGUUGUAAGCUACAGCAGACUGUUAUCAGUAGCUGUAAUUAAGUACAGCAGCUACCAACCACCUAACGUUAAUGCCUCGGAUGAGGUUAGAAAAACAGCUGAAUGGUAGCAGCUAGCUGGCUCAAUCACAGGUACUCUCAAGCAUGAAAUAACAUUGGAAACAGCUAACCACAGUUGCUAAAAGUUACCGGUAGCUACCCUCUAGCUAGCUAGCUUUGUUGGUCCAGGUAGUGGGUAAGCUAGCCUCGUGCUUCGCCUGGGCUCCGCCGAAUAAAAAUCCUUACCUACAAUAAUAACCUACAAUAACUACCGGAGUAAGCUACCUAUAAUACCAAACUACAAUACCUACCUACAAUCUAAAUACAUGGUUUAAGCUUAACUCAACACCAUAUAAGAAGCCAAGCUUACCUUUCAUAACGCAGCAAUGAUUAAACGUUGGGUAGCUAGCACAAAGAUAUUGUAUUUAGCUAGGUUUAUUUGAACAGUGAGAGACAGAAUAACAACAACAAAAAUUCAGAAAAACGCAUGUCAAAAAUGUUAUGAAUUGAUUUGCAUUUUAAUGAAUAGCGUGAUUCAAAACCAAAGUUUGCAGGCAAAACCAUUGCAGUGUUUUUUUGUGACGGUAGUUGAUGCAAACUAGCCACUUACGAAAAACACUCAUUACAAAUAACCUCCAUUGAUCUCCAUCAUGCUAGCUACUAUUUAGUAUUUUAUUCAAGCGGAUAAAGUAGUGAUGUAGGCAGUGACAUAGUUCCUCUAUGCCAAAAGAGUCCCUAGUCACUGUUGCCUAGGGUCGGGUAUUCAAGACUAUUCCCUUCUCAUCAAUUCUAAACCCUCUCUUUUCCUCACAGGCCCAUGUCUACAGUGAAGGAAAUGACGUAUAUGACGUAAUGUUAAACCAGGUAAAAACAUAACGACAUAGUAACUACAUAAAAGAGUGUAUUUGCUAAAUGAUUUGUAAGGGAGAUGUUUUUGUUGUUUCACAGACAAAUCUUCAGUUCAACAACAACAAAUUUUUCCUGAUCCAGCUACUUCAGGAUGACAGUGCCAAGGCCUACAGCGUGUGGUUGAGAUGGGGACGAGGUGGGUUCAUGUCUUUGUUUUCCCAAAUGUUUUUUGAUAUUGUGAAGUAGUGUUUUCUAACACAUGGUGCAAUCUCUCUUUAGUUGGUAAGGUUGGACAGAACAAUCUAGUUUCCUGUGGUGGAGAUCUUCUUCAAGCCAAAGAUGUCUUCAAGAAAAAGUAAGUGGGCUGGGGGGUGUUGUGUUGGAGUUGAGUGAUAUUGGGUGUUUGAAUGAGGGGGGGAAGCUACAUUUUUAAACUAAGUGAAUAUUGCUAAGAGGAGAAUGUAUUCAUUUGUGUUUUGAUGUAGGUUUCUGGAUAAGACCAAGAACGAGUGGGCACACCGGGCAAACUUUGAGAAGGUGGCUGGAAAAUAUGACAUGGUGUUUAUGGACUACAGUGCCAAUGGAAAGGCAAGGAAUAAAUAAUCUCAGACUUUCCUCAUAUCGUCAGGGUUUUAUCUCUCAAUCAUCUACAUAUCUACACAUCUAUCCUCAGAGUCCGUACUGCUUGGUGACCUAAACUGGGAUAUUCUUAACACCCCGGCCAUCCUACAAUCCAAACUAGAUGCCCUCAAUCUCACACAAAUUAUCAACGAACCUACCAGGUACAACCCUAAAUCCGUAAACAUGGGCACCCUCAUAGAUAUCAUCCUGACUAAUUUACCCUCUAAAUACACCUCCGCUGUCUUCAACCAGGAUCUCAGCGAUCACUGCCUUAUUGCCUGCGUCCGAGGUCAAACGACCACCCCUCAUCACUGUCAAACGCUCCCUAAAACACUUUAGCGAGCAGGCCAUCCUAAUUGACCUGGCCCAGGUAUCCUGGAUGGAUAUCGAUCUCAUUCCGUCAGUAGAGGAUGCCUGGUUGUUCUUUAAAAGUAAUUUCCUCUCAAUCUUAAAUAAACAUGCCCCAUUCAAAAAAUACAGAACUAAGAACAGAUAUAGCCCCUGGUUCUCCUCAGACUUGACUGCCCUUGACCAGCACAAAAACAUCCUGUGGCGUACUGCAUUAGCAUCGAAUAGCCCCCGCGAUAUGCAACUUUUCAGGGAAGUUAGGAGCCAAUAUACACAAGCAGUUAGGAAAGCAAAGGCUAGCUUUUUCAAACAGAAAUUUGCAUCCUGUAGCACUAACUCCAAAAAGUUUUGGGACACUAUAAAGUCCAUGGAGAAUAAGAGCACCUCCUCCCAGCUGUCCACUGCACUGAGGCUAGGAAACACUAUCACCACCGAUAAAUCUACAAUAAUCGAGAAUUUCAACAAGCAUUUUGCUACGGCUGGCCAUGCUUUCCACCUGGCUACCACUACCCCGGCCACCAGCUCUGCACCCUCCGCUGCAACUUGCCCAUGCCCCCCCCCCCCCCCCCCCCCCCCCCCCCGCUUCUCCUUCACACAAAUUCAGACAGCUGAUGUUCUGAAAGAGCUGCAAAAUCUGGGCCCCUACAAAUCAUCUGGGUUAGACAAUCUGGACCCUUUCUUUCUAAAACUAGCUGCCGAAAUUGUCGCAACCCCUAUUACUAGCCUGUUCAACCUCUCUUUCGUAACGUCUGAGAUCCCCAGAGAUUGGAAAGCUGCCACGGUCAUCCCCCUCAUCAAAGGGGGUGACACUCUAGAUCCAAACUGUUACAGACCUAUAUCCAUCCUGCCCUGCCUUUCGAAAGUUUUUGAAAGCCAAGUUAACAAACAGAUCCCACCGUACCUUCUCCGCUAUACAAUCCAGUUUCCGAGCUGGUCAUGGGUGCACCUCAGCCACGCUCAAGGUCCUAAACGAUAUUAUAACCGCGAUCGAUAAUAGACAGUACUGUGCAGCCGUCUUCAUCGACCUGGCCAAGGCUUUCGACUCUGUCAACCACAGCAUUCUUAUUGGCAGACUAAAUAGCCUUGGUUUAUCAAAUGACUGCCUCACCUGGUUCACCAACUACUUCUCAGAUAGUUCAAUGUGUCAAAUCUGAGGGCCUGUUGUCUGGACCUAUGGCAGUCUCUAUGGGGGUGCCACAGGGUUCAAUUCUUGGGCCGACUCUUUUCUCCGUGUAUAUCAAUGAUGUCGCUCUUGCUGCUGGUGACUCUCAGAUCCACCUCUACGCAGACGACACCAUUUUGUAUACAUCUGGCCCUUCAAUGGACACUGUGUUAACAAACCUCCAAAUGAGCUUCAAUGCCAUACAACACUCCUUCAGUAGCCUCCAACUGCUCUUAAACACUAGUAAAACUAAAUGCAUGCUCUUCAAUCGAACGCUGCUGGCACCCGCCCGACUAGAAUCACUACUCUCGACGGGUCUGACCUAGAGUAUGUGGACAACUACAAAUACCUAGGUGUCUGGUUAGACUGUAAACUCUCCUUCCAGACUCACAUUAAGCAUCUCCAAUCCAAAGUUAAAUCUAGAAUCGGCUUCCUAUUUAGCAACAAAGCCUCCUUCACUCAUGCUGCCAAACAUGCCCUCGUAAAACUGACUAUCCUACCGAUCCUUGACUUCGGCGAUGUCAUUUACAAAAUAGCCUCCAACAGUCUACUCAGCAAAUUGGAUGUAGUCUAUCACAGUGCCAUCCGUUUUGUCACCAAAGCCCCAUAUACUAGCCACCACUGUGACCUGUACGCUCUUGUUGGCUGGUCCUCACUACAUAUUCGUCGUCAAACCCACUGGCUCCAGGCCAUCUAUAAAUCACUGCUAGGCAAAUCCCUGCCUUAUCUUAGCUCAUUGGUCACCAUAGCAACACCCACCCGUAGUAUGCGCUCCAGCAGGUAUAUCUCACUGGUCAUCCCCAAAGCCAACACCUCCUUUGGCCGCCAUUCCUUCCAGUUCUCUGCUGCCAAUGACUGGAACGAACUGCAAAACCUCUGAAGCUGGAGACUCUUUAUCUCCCUCACUAUCUUUAAGCAUCAGUUGUCAGAGCACCUUACCGAUCACUGCACCUGUACACAGCCCAUCUGAAAUUAGCCCACCCAACUACCUCAUCCCCAUAUUGUUAUUUAUUUUGCUCAUUUGCACCCCAGUAUCUCUAUUUGCACAUCAUCUCUUGCACAUCUAUCUAUCAUUCCAGUGUUAAUACUAAUUGUAAUUAUUUUACACUAUGGCCUAUUUAUUGCCUUACCUCCAUAACUUGCUACAUUUGCACACACUGUAUAUAUAUUUUCUGUUGUAUUUUUGACUUUAUGUUUUGUUUUACCCCAUCUGUGUUGUUGUUUUUAUCGCACUGCUUUGCUUUAUCUUGGCCAGGUUGCAGUUGUAAAUGAAAACUUGUUCUCAACUGCCUUACCUGGUUAAAUAAAGGUUAAAUACAUUUUAAAAAAUAUCCCCCUGUUCUGCAUUCAUUAAUUCUCCAUUCCAUAUCUUCUGUCCCACCCCUCUGACCUUAUUGAUCCACUGCUCUACAGCUUCAGGCAGGUGAGUCUGUGUCUAACCAGUGUCCCUCCUUUUCCAGGAAGAGCCCCAGCUCCAGCUUGAGUCUCUGUCCCAGAAAAAGCCCUCCAAGCUGGAUGUGAAGGUCCAGUCCCUUCUCGAACUGAUCUGUGACAUCAAGGCCAUGGAGGAAUGUGUGCUGGAGAUGAAGUUUGACACCCGAAAAGCUCCUCUCGGUGAGUAUGUGUAACAGUCAAAAUAACAGACAAAAUAAAUGUGACAUUGUUUUUGUACCUUUUCAUUGCGGUUGUUCUUCUCUGUAGGCAAGCUUACAACAGAGCAGAUCCGUGCAGGUUACUCAGCCCUGAAGAAGAUUGAGGAGUGUGUGAAGAGAAAGGGAAGCAACCGAGAGCUGCUGGAGGCAUGCAACCAGUUCUACACACGCAUCCCCCAUGACUUUGGGUCAGUAAUAAAUGUUCUGUAUUUCAAGCUGCUCUAUCCACUGGCAUGUGUCCAGACAUGGUAAAUAACACUUUUAUUAUAUUUUUCCCAGGUUGCGAACUCCCCCAAUUAUCAGCUCAGAAGAGGAGCUGAAGGAAAAAAUUGCCUUAUUAGAAGUGAGCAUGACUUAUUUGAGUACUGUUACCUGCCAAUCCUACCAUUCAAUCAAAUGUUCUUACAAAUUGAAAUUGCUGGGUGUUGGUUGGGUAUAGAAUCACGCCGUCUGCAGUCUGUUUGACAGUGUGUUGUCUAUCUCCAGGCACUGAGUGACAUCCAGAUAGCAGUGAAGAUGGUCCAGUCCAGUGCCUAUGGUGAUGAGCAUCCUCUGGACAGACAGUACAACUCCCUCCAGUGCCAACUACAGCCACUGUCCUCUUGUAGCCAAGAGUAUCAGGUGAGCACCUGUGCUUUGGUUGAGUUUACUCAAAGUAUGUUCAUGUGUGGUUUAGAGGUCUGUUACAGCUGGGCUGGAACAAAAACCUGUACAAAUUGAUCAGGUCUCUUCCCUCCACUGCCUAAUUGUUGUUUUCUCUCUGAAGGUGGUUGAGAGAUAUCUCCAGACAACCCAUGCUCCCACUCACUCGGACUUCACCAUGACUGUUCUGGACAUCUUCUCUGUGGACAGGGAGGGGGAGAAGAACGGCUUCCUCUCACAACUACACAACAGGUACCUAAUGUUUUAUUGUCUGCUUACACAGGCUGUCCGAUGCCACUUUAAAAGGGCUUUUAAAAUAACUGAGAAAUACACAGUUUAAAAUGUUUGUAACAUUGAAAGCACAUUACUGCUACAGAGUAGCUCAAUGAAAUGGUACCCGUGGUGAAUGGUUCUCUUUCAGGGUGUGUUCUGCAUUGUUAUUGUGUGUGUGUCCCUCAGGACACUGCUGUGGCAUGGCUCUCGUCUGUCUAACUGGGUUGGAAUCCUCAGCCAGGGCCUCAGAGUGGCCCCUCCAGAGGCUCCCGUCACUGGAUACAUGGUGAGAUGGUGUGAGAGAGAAUAUGACUGAAAUUAAAUGGCACAUGUUUACCUGCUGCAUAACAGGGCGAUGACAACUGUUUCUUUCUCCUAGUUUGGCAAAGGUAUUUACUUUGCUGACAUGUCAUCGAAAAGUGCCAACUACUGCUUUGCCAAUCAACGCAACAAAACUGGACUCCUACUGCUGAGCGAGGUGUGAGAUUUGUAGUGUUAUUUUUUCCUCUACACAAAUGCAUUGUUUCGAACUUGAGAAGAACCAUUCUGGAAAUGAUCUAAUCCAUAUGAAGUGUUUGUUUCCAUACAACUGGCAUUUUUUAUUUGAUUUAUUAGGAUCCCCAUUAGCUGACCCUGAUGGCGACAGUUAGUCUUACUGGGGUCCCACACAUAAUGAAAAAUACAUUACAGACAAAUGACUUGUAUCCCUGUGUGAUGCAAUGUGAUGUGUGUACUCCCUUGGUAACAGAUCAUCUGUUUAUUAAUUGUCUUGGUAACAGGUGGCCCUGGGUGACAGUAACGAGCUGUUAGCAGCUGACUGCGAGGCUGCCAAACUACCUGCAGGGAAACACAGCACCAAGGGCCUUGGACAGACAAGCCCAGACCCCAGGAACGCUGUCACACUGUGAGUUUCACUCACUGUAAAUGUUUGGUUGGUUUUCUCUAACACAGAUUAGUUAUAACUAAGUAACUGAGACAUUACUAGUAGUUUUACUUGAACAUGAAUCAAGCUUUCCGUCUUAUAUGUUGUAAUGUCUCGCUUGAGUCUUCCAUUGUUCAUUAUUGUCUCAUCUCUCUCUCUCUGUUCUGUGGUUCUCUCAGUGAUGGAGUGACAGUUCCCAUGGGGCCAGGAAUGAAGACCGGGGUGGGAGUAGGUGGCGGCUACUCCCUCCUCUACAAUGAGUUCAUUGUCUAUAACCCUGCCCAGACCCGCAUGAGGUAUUUACUAAGAGUUCAGUUUAACUACUCCUCACUGUGGUGAGACAGGGAUAUAUUGUAAAGACGUGUGUAGCAAAAAGAGACAUUAACACGUUAACUAAACUGUCGCAUAAAACAAAUAAGGGGGGGUGCUUAUAUUUGUCCUGUUACACACAAGUGUGUAAUGGAAAUG